AUGGGUCGUACUUCCGGCCUAGGGGACUCAGCAAUUGCUGAAGCUGGUCCCAGACCUAGUGCGGACACUUGGCUGCCACCGACAGCUCCCAAAGAGAAGACCAGCCAUCACCAAAGUAACUCUCGUUUUCCCAAGCAGCUUCUUGCCUCAUUGCUGAUACUUCUGCUGCUAUUGGCAAUCUCAUUCUUUAUUGCUUUUAUCAUUUUCUUUCAAAGAUGGUCUCAGCUUAUUAAAGAAAAAAAGAAUCCAAAAGAAGUGUUUCAUGAAAAAUUGAUAUGUGAGAAAACACAUUUGAAUGUGGAAGGGAAAAGUUGGGGCUGCUGCCCAGAGAAUUGGAUGAUAUCUAAUACCAGCUGCUACUUUAUUUCUUCUGAAGCAAAAACUUGGACUGAGAGUAAGAAGAACUGCACUGGGAUGCAAGCUCUUCUGCUGGUGAUCAACGCCAAGGAGGAGCAGCUAUUAAUAAUCCAGAAGCUGAAUAGAAAUUCUGCUUACUAUGUGGGGCUGUCAGACCCAGAAGGGAUGCACCAGUGGCAACGGGUAGAUCAGUCACCAUACAACAGAAGUGUCACAUUCUGGCAUCCUUAUGAACCCAGUAAUUAUAAAGAGCAUUGUGUUUUCAUAAAUUUUCGCCAAGGAAACUGGGGCUGGAAUGAUGCCUCUUGUGAUGUACCUCAAAAGUCAAUUUGCAAGAUGAUGAAGAUCUACUUAUGAAUGUAACAUUCUCUGUGAACAUGUGGUGGAUUGACGUCUACCAUGAAAGGAAUAGCUAAUUUUCUCUUUUUGUUCAUGUAUAAGUAAAUCUUGUGUAAGGGAUGUCCAUAGAAUUUUUCAGUAGGCUGUCACCUAUUCCAUUUAUGAUAGAAUCAGUUCACACAUUCAUUCAUCCAUAAAAUAUACAUUUAUUGAGCAUUUUCCAUGGAGGGAGCAUGAGCUUCCUUUCCUAAUUUCUGUCUGACUACUAACAGAUUAGAUACUGAUGUCAUUAGGUACUGAUAUAACUUGAUGUGGUUCCUCCUCUUGACUUGCUUUCUCUUUUUACGGACUGGUCAAAAGCAAAAAAAUUCCAGUCAUUACUUUUAAUUUCUCUCACACAGAUUUAUUGCUUUUAACUAAAAGCAUAUUAUGUAACAGUAGGCAUACAAUACACAUCAGUUUAAGGUACGUUCCAGCUUUGACCCAGCAGACUGUUUGGGCUUCUUAACAUUCUGUAUUCAGUCUUGGCAUUUAACAUCAGGUGCAGACAAAGGGAAAUUAGAGAUUGAACAUUAGAGAUUUAGAAUUAGAGAGCUAGAGGUCACUGCUGAUGAGCUGAUCUAUAGGAUUACAUUUUUCCGAUAUUCUGGUAAUUCUUUUCUUUGGUUCAUUGUUAUAGUUUACGUGCAUGGAUUCCUACUCAAAAUGGCCCUUGGUUUGUUUUUGUUCCCCUUCUUACUAAAGUUCUUACUCAUCAUUUUCUUUCUCCUAAAAUAUGAAAUAUAUGUACAAUAAAGCCUAUAAUUCAUUGCCUUAGUCCAGUGAUGAUGACUAAGAUAAAGCUGGUCUCAUCCACAGCUAUACUUGUAUGCCUAUAUACAGUUCCUAAUAUGACCUCCCGAGAUUAUGCCCUGAUCAUCUUGAUGCAACUGAGUCUUUCAUUUGACACUUUCCCCCUAAGUAUAUUGGAUGAUAGUUAUUUUUAUAGAGGUCUGAUCUUACCCAUUAUUUGUAGAAUUUACCAGUGUAACUCUCAGAGAGCAACUUACACAACAUUUCUGGGGGAAUUUCACUUUAUUUUAACUGAAAUUUUCUCACUAUUAUUUCAAUAACGUGGAUGUCAGAGAUGGGCAAAAAGUGUCAUUUUUCUAAAUAUCUUUGACUGACAGAAGAUGUGCUUGAACUGGAGUGCAUUGGAGAAUGGUGAUAUCAGUCAGUGCUAGCUCCUUGCUUCCCUCUACCUUGCAUUUAAUGAAUGCAUUUCAAAGCCUCUAUUUUUAAUUUCUCCUCCAGCAUUAUGUCAAAAUUGUGUGUAACAGAUUUUAUGUAAGAUUUGUGUUAUAGAGUGAGAUUAAAGUGAUGAACCAUCAAACUGAGCCGUGAUCAAUGAACAGAAUUGUGAGAAAUAAUAAAAUUAUUGUUUUUUUAAGUCACAAAGUUUUGGAGCAUGUAUGUAUUGUUUUCUAAAGGAGCCCUAGUGGUGCAAUGGAUAAGAGGUCAGCAGUUUGAACCCA